AUUUUUUAUUGCCUAUUAAGAAAGAGAUGGCAUUACAGCACAUCUAGUAAAGGAUCAUGAGUAUUUGGAGAUUGAUGAGCUGUGAUUUUGAAUCUAAAACAUCCAACUACAAUUCUGUUUUAAGAUUUAGUCUAAAGUUGCACAUAAACAUGGAGUAUUUUGGAGUCACAAGAGGAUAAAAAUGAAUAUUGCUGCAAAGAAAUCCAUUAAAAGCAUAUAUUGCAGUAUGUGUGCAUACACGCGCGUCCACGGGCGCGUGCACGCUGGUAUGAAAGUGUAGGCCUACAUGGGAGUUUUAGUUUUAAAUCUAGACAAUAACAAGUACUAACAGUGAGUGAUUUUCCUGAUGUAAUUGCAGUAUCUACUUGUGUAUCUUGCAGUAGCCAGUUUUGCGGUUGCAUAACUGUCAGGUAGGUUAUUAUAAUGAUGUGCACGUUGCGAUUUUUCUCCCCCUCCACCAAAUCCAAUCACACCCUCCCCCAUCUCAAGUACAAUUACGUGUUGGGUGACGUUUCAGCAUGCGGAGGAGGGCGCUGGGCAGGGACCACUUGGACCAAAGAGGACUAAACGCUAUUUCAUUUCAGCGCAGAAACAACGCAUUGAAGGCAGUGGACCAGGGCGCCGUGCUGAAGCCUAGCCCAUUGUCUCCUUCAAACAGAGCAACUAAAAGGAAGACGGGUUUGACCACAACAGCGGUGUAGCCCACAGAGGACUGUCCCAGUGGUAGGCAUUGCGGGUUUGUAAGCCACAGAAAAAAGGGCCCUGGACAGAUCUGGCCAAUAACGGAAAAUGAAUCACAGUCAAGUUUUAAUAAUAUGAACACGAGCCGCGUUUUGUUGCAAUUGGCGACCAACUAUUGAUGCUUCUGCGCCGAUCGUUUUCCACACCAUCAAUUCGCGCGGACUUCUUUUGUUCGCAUCGCUUGAAUCCCAAAUUCUAGUCUGCAUAUCUGUGUUGCCGUUUCACACAAAAAAGAAGAGUUAGUCGCUCCAAAACCAAAACAAAAAAACCCAAGAUGAAUUUCCAGUCGAGCGUCCCAGUGUCCGGUAUCUCGCAGCAGUCUCAGCCAGCCAUGCCCACUCCAGGCACGGUCCCGGCGCCAGUUCCCGUCCCAGUGCCCCAGUCCAUCCCGUCCCAGUUCGGAUCCGGAUCGUCUGCAAGCUCAGGGGCUGGCCAGUUCGGUUCGGGGACUGUUUCGGGCCAGGCUAGCCAGCAAGGCUCAUCGGGCUCGCAGUUUGUUUUGUCCAACUCAGCGGCCAUCAGAGCAGAGAUCCAUCGGUUCGAGUCUGUCCACCCGAACAUUUACGCAAUCUACGACCUGAUCGAGCGCAUCGAUGACCUGGCCCUGCAGAACCAGAUUCGAGAGCAUGUAAUCUCCAUUGAAGACUCUUUCGUCAACAGCCAGGAAUGGACAUUGAGUCGAUCAGUGCCAGAGCUGAAAGUGGGCAUUGUGGGAAAUCUGUCCAGUGGGAAGUCUGCUUUGGUCCAUCGGUACUUGACGGGCACAUAUGUGCAGGAGGAGUCUCCUGAAGGUGGACGGUUCAAGAAAGAAAUCGUGGUGGAUGGACAGAGCUACCUACUUCUGAUCAGAGAUGAAGGAGGGCCUCCAGAAUUGCAGUUUGCUGCCUGGGUGGAUGCGGUGGUUUUCGUCUUUAGCCUGGAGGAUGAGAUCAGCUUCCAGACAGUCUACAAUUACUUCUUGCGCCUAUCCAGCUACAGGAACACAGCUGAGGUCCCCAUGGUCCUCGUAGGAACACAAGAUGCAAUCAGUGCUGCCAACCCUAGAGUGAUCGAUGACUCGCGGGCCAGAAAGUUGUCAAACGACCUGAAGCGCUGCACGUAUUACGAGACCUGCUCCACCUAUGGCCUGAAUGUGGAGAGAGUCUUCCAGGACGUUGCCCAGAAGGUUGUGGCCAUGAGGAAAAAGCAGCAGCUCUCUAUCGGUCCAUGCAAAUCUCUCCCUAACUCUCCCAGCCACUCAUCAGUCCCCGCUGCAUCCAUCCCCUCUGUUCACAUUAACCAGGCGGCCAAUGGUGGGGGUGCAUUCAGCGACUACUCCUCCUCUGUUCCCUCCACCCCCAGCAUAAGUCAGCGGGAGAUGCGCAUUGAGACCAUUGCUGCCUCCAACACGCCCACGCCCAUCCGCAAGCAGUCAAAGCGCCGCUCCAACAUUUUCACAUCACGGAAAGCCAGUGAACAAGCAAAGAGCGUUGACAGUAAAACAGACAGCAUAGGCAGUGGAAGGGCCAUACCUAUCAAACAGGGAAUCCUUCUGAAGCGAAGUGGCAAAUCCCUCAACAAGGAGUGGAAAAAGAAAUAUGUCACACUGUGUGAUAAUGGCGUCCUUACUUACCACCCCAGUUUACAUGACUACAUGCAGAAUGUGCAUGGGAAAGAGAUAGACCUGCUGAGGACAACAGUGAAGGUUCCUGGGAAGCGACCACCCAGAGCGGUCGCCACGGUCGCCCCCACUGCCAGUCCCAAAACCAACGGGCUGACCAAGGACCGCAGCACCCUGCAGCUGGGUAUAGGAAACACAGGUGCUCCUCACUCCAACAGUAGCUCAUCCCUCCAGACGGGCGCGUCAUUGUUUAGCGGCAGCAAAGACGGCAUGCACCAACGCUCCUUCUCCGUGUCCAGCGCUGACCAGUGGAAUGAAGCCAUCAACACCAGUACAAGCAGCGGAGCCCCUAAUGGAAUGAGUGAUCCUGCGACUUCCAGUGUGGGCAGCGCAACGAGUCCUAAACUUGAGCCACCUCCUUCGCCACACGCCAACCGCAAGAAACACAGACGGAAAAAGAGCACGGGCAUCACAAAGCCAGACGGCUUAUCUGCAGGCAACGAAGAGCAAGAGGAUUCCUUUGAGUUCAUCAUUGUGUCGUUGACGGGUCAGACGUGGAACUUCGAAGCGUCCACAUAUGAGGAGAGGGAGCUGUGGGUCCAAGCCAUCGAGAGCCAGAUCUUUGCCAGUCUGCAGUCCUGCGAGAGCAUAAAGAACAAGUCUCGGUUAGGCAGCCAAAGUGAUGCCAUGGCCAUUCAGUCCAUACGAAACGUGAGGGGGAACAGCUUCUGUGUGGACUGUGAUGCACCUAACCCAGACUGGGCCAGUCUGAACCUGGGCGCGCUGAUGUGCAUCGAGUGCUCCGGGAUCCACAGAAACCUGGGCACCCACCUGUCCCGUGUCCGAUCCCUGGACCUGGACGACUGGCCGGUGGAGCUCAGCAUGGUGAUGACGGCCAUUGGUAACUCGAUGGCCAACAGCGUGUGGGAAGGCGCUCUGGAGAACUACACCAAGCCAGGCAGCGACAGCACCAGGGAGGAGAAGGAGCGCUGGAUCCGAGCCAAGUACGAGCAGAAGCUGUUCCUGGUGGGACUGCCCCAGUCGGACGUGCCCCUGGGGCAGCAGCUGCUUCGGGCGGUGGUGGAGGAUGACCUGAGGUUGGUGGUGGUGCUGUUGGCCCACGGCACCAAGGAGGAGGUUAACGAGACCUACGGGGACGGAGACGGACGCACCGCUCUUCACCUCUCCUGCGCCAUGGCCAACGUGGUCAUCACACAGCUGCUCAUCUGGUACGGUGUGGACGUGAAGAGUCGGGACGCUCGUGGACAGACCACGCUGUCCUACGCUCGGCGAGCAGGCAGCCAGGAGUGCGCGGACAUCUUACUUCAGCACGGCUGCCCCAACGACACGAGCAGCCUGACAUCUGUGGCCACGCCCAACAUGAGUCGCCGCAACCCCAACCCCAACCCCAACCCCAACAUCAACAACAACAAUGCCCAGUGCGAGCUCAACCGCAGCAUCAGCAUCAUGUAGGAGCCGGAGAGACAAAGCCACCCCGUCUGUUCCCAGUACUUCCUCCUCUGUUUCACACUGUGUAACCCAGAAUCAACGGAGAGCUGUGAUGGACUCAGUGUUUAAAAUCCACUCGGAGUGGGUGUUUGUGGUUCGGACAUUGUACAUUGUUUGUUUUAUAUUAUUAUUUU